UCAGUGUCUCUCACUCACCACUCACCAUGUGAAAACGAGGGCCGCUUGUUCUCUCCUUUCUGGAUUUCACGCAGAAACACACACUAGACUCCAAUUAAAAGAAAAACCUUCAAGCAUUAUUCUCAUCGUUGAUGGAUUGCCGUUUCUCCUCCUUUCCCUCUUGCUGCUCUCUGCUUCUUCUAAUUACUAGUCGUUUUAUAAUGCUCAUCUAUGGCGGCGCUCUUCUCUUGCCCGCUUUUUUCUUCUUACCCGCCAUUCCCCCCCAGACGCAAGCAUUAUUCCUCAUCCUCCCCUUUUACUCUGCCUUCGCCUGCCCUGAAAUUUGAAAUGUCGCGUCUAGUUCGAGCAAACUUGGGGCCAGAAUUAGGUGCGGCGGAGACCAGCAGCAAAGGUGCUGCCAUCAUCUGGUACAAGCAUGAUCUUCGAAUUGACGAUCACCCUGCCCUUGUCGCCGCCUCCCACCACCAUCCCAUGCUUCUCCCUCUGUACAUUUUUGAUCAUCGCAUUCUCUCGCGUUUUUCUGAUGAAAUGCUCCAACUCCUCCUUUUCGCUUUGGAGGAUUUAAGGAAAUCUCUCAAGGGUCAAGGGUCUAACUUGAUGAUCAGGUUUGGGAAUGCUGAGACUGUCAUUCAACAUCUUGCCAGAGAGGUCAAGGCCACGAGCAUAUAUGCAGAAGAAGAGGUAGAGUAUGAGUUGCGUAGAAUGCUGGAUGCAGUUAAGGAGGCACUGGCUUUAGCUACUGUAUCUUCUGCUGAAGCGUACCCUAGGAUGACUAUGUGGAGAACACCAUUUUAUGGUAUGAAGAACUUGGAGGAUAUGCCAGAAUCGUACGACGGCUUUAAAAAGUUGAAGCUGCCUGUUGUUUCUCCUGUUUUGCCAACUAAAUUGCCCAGUCUGGAGAUGGAUUUAAGUUGGGGCGAUCUACCAACGUUGUAUGAUUUGAAGAAAUUUGUGAUUGAGGUUGGGACAUCAAGGAAUAAGUUGACAUCAAUUAUGAGUACGAGUGAGCUUGAGAUAGACCAGGUUGUGACGCAAGGAAAAAUUGGAGGUGUCAAUGGAGCAGCUUUGAUGGAAAGCAAUCGAGAUAUGGGAAGUAGCAACUUAACUGAAAGGAAAAGAUCAGAAAGAUCAGCAUUUGUGACUCAACAAAAGAACUCAGUUGGAGGUGGGACGGGUAACGUGCUUAAUGCUCUAGCUGCAUAUUUGCGGUAUCUGGAGGGUACUGCCCGUGGCGAAUGGCAGGAGGUACAUGAAAGACUGCGUCAGGCAGAAAGUAGAGGAGGAGCCUCAUUUGGUGCCCUUUUUGGAUCUGCUCUUCUACUUGGAAUCAUUUCCAGAAGAAGAGUGUAUCAUGAGGCAAUUAAGUACGAGAAAGAACGAAGUGGUGGGUUUUUAUCUCCUUUUGGAUAUUCAGCAAUCACUGUAGCUGCAGCAGUCGAUACUGUCUGCUCAAUGGAGUGGUAUUGGCUUUUGGCUUUAAGAAGUCAAAUAAUUGAGCGAGGAACUUACUCAGUUAGGAUAUGGAGAUGGAAUGGCUAUUUAAUCCAUUAUACUGUUUCCGGCAAUGAAGGUCCUGCUGUUCUCCUAGUACAUGGUUUUGGUGCUUUUUUCGAACAUUUCCGUUACAAUAUAAGUCAUAUAGCUGACAGUGGGAAUCGAGUUUGGGCAGUCACACUUCUAGGGUUUGGCAAAUCAGAAAAACCAAAUAUUGUUUACACUGAAGUCAUGUGGGCCAAACUGGUUAGAGAUUUCAUGAUUCAAGUUGUUGGGGAACCAGUGCACCUUGUUGGGAAUUCAAUUGGUGGCUACUUUGUUGCUAUUGUUGCUGGGCUUUGGCCUGCUUUAGUCAAGUCUGUGAUCCUCAUAAACAGUGCUGGCAAUGUUAUUCCUGAAUAUUCUGCAAUCCGUUUGUCUGAAGAUAGGCAAACUCCUGGUGCAGCAUGGUUGGGUGCUAGACUCCUUUUGCUCUACUUGAGGUUCAACAUUAGGAACAUAGUGAAGAGCUUUUACCCAUCUAAAAUGGAUCAAGCAGAUGACUGGCUUAUUGAUGAGAUGUUGAGAGCUUCGCAUGACCCUGGAGUAUCGGUGGUUUUGGAAUGCGUUUUCAGCUUUGAUCUUUCAGUUCCUCUCAAUUAUCUAUUGGAACGAUUUGAAAGGAAGGUUCUUGCGAUACAGGGCAUGAGAGAUCCACUUUGUGAUUCCAGGGCUAAGCUAGCUUGCCUUAGAGAGCAUUGCAAAGGGAUUGUUACUAAAGAACUGGAUGGCGGUCAUUGCCCCCAUGAUGAACUUCCAGCAGUAGUCAAUCCCGUUAUCCAGGAGUGGGUAAUGACAGUUGAACGUGAGUAUACCCCUGUUGGGCUAACAAGGUAGAAAAUUUUACUAGAUGGAAAGAACCCAGUUUUGGAGGCUGAUAAUCACCGCUUCAUGAGAUUUUACAACCUCGUUUAACUGUUCUUUACCCAUCUUUAUAUAACGAACUGCAGUUGGAAUCCUGUAUACCGAGUGCAUUGUGUACUACGAAUUCGCGCUGGAAUCUGCGAAUUGACUUGAAUGAUUAGCUUUAAAAUUACCCCAACUAUUGGAUUUUUCA